UCUAUUUCUCUCUGUUCUCAUACGCUCUUAAAGUCUUUUUUUUUUUUCUUUCUUUCUUUCUCUCUCAUUGCCUGCUUAGCUUUUGGGCAAUAAUGGCUCUCUUUGCCUCCUCUUUUUCCCUCCCAAUUCUCGUAUAUCCCUUCUUCUUGGCAUAACAUCUACUGGGUUUCCUUACUUUUUUCUGAAUCAUUAUCAUUGGGUCAGUUAUCCGCCUGUUUAAUUAAUUAGAUAAUUGCGCGCCUUCUUCAGCCUCCCACUCUUUGUGUCUUUCAGUUGCCUGAGUAUUCUACUUGUUAGUUUGAUUCUUAUUCCUCAUCAUCUUCGCUUUUCCGAAACUUCCCCUUCUGAAAGAAUCGGUUUCUUACCUUUUCGCCUCCACUUUAUAAGUUCUGAGCGGCGGUUUUGGCCUGAAAAGACUAAAUUCCAGUGAAGGUGGUUUUUAUAUUCGGUUCCGGCCUAAAAUGCCGCCUUCGUACUUCCCUCUUAGGUGGGAGAGCACCGGAGACCAAUGGUGGUAUGCUUCGCCCAUUGAUUGGGCGGCUGCCAAUGGCCUCUAUGAUCUGGUCAGGGAGCUUCUCCACCUUGACACCAAUCUCCUCAUCAAGCUCACCUCCCUCCGUCGAAUCCGCCGCCUUGAAACAGUCUGGGACGACGAAGCUCAGUUCGACGACGUUGCCAGAUGUCGCUCUCAGGUGGCUAGAAAACUCCUCCUCGAGUGUGAAACAAAGACGGGUCAUAACUCUCUCAUUAGAGCUGGCUAUGGCGGGUGGCUUCUGUACACUGCUGCCUCAGCUGGGGAUGUGGGUUUUGUUAAGGAAUUGCUAGAGAGAGACCCUCAUCUUGUGUUUGGAGAAGGAGAGUAUGGUGUCACUGAUGUAUUUUACGCGGCAGCCAGGAGCAAGAAUUCUGAGGUUUUCAGGCUGUUGCUUGAUUUGGCUCUGUCGCCUGGGUCUUGCCAUAGCAAUGGAGGUGAACUGGAGGAGCAAUUGGUUAAUGUUAGUCCAGAAUUCAAGUGGGAAAUGAUGAACCGGGCCGUUCAUGCUGCGGCUAGAGGAGGGAAUUUGGAGAUAUUAAGGUUGCUUCUUGCUGAUUGUUCUGAUGCUUUAGUGUAUAAGGAUGCUCAGGGAUCUACAAUCUUGCAUACAGCCUCUGGCAGAGGGCAGGUUGAGGUAGUAAAAUAUGUAGUAGCAUCCUUUGAUAUUAUCACCUUCACAGAUAAUCAAGGGAAUACAGCACUACAUGUGGCUGCUUACAGGGGUUACUUAGCUGUGGUAGAGGUCCUGAUUCUUGCAUCUCCCUCGUUAGCAUCUCUAACGAACAACUAUGGAGAUACUUUUCUUCAUAUGGCCGUGGCUGGUUUCCGGACCCCUGGUUUUCGGAGACUGGACAGGCUGAUUGAGCUCAUGACGGAGUUGGUAUGUGGUAAUAUUGUGAACAUGCAGGACAUCAUCAAUGUCAGGAACAAUGACGGAAGAACUGCUCUUCACAUGGCAGUAAUUGAGAACAUCCAAUGUAAUCUCGUGGAACUCCUCAUGACUGUCCCAUCAAUCGGAUUGAAUAUCCGUGAUGCUGAUGGGAUGACCCCUCUGGAUAUUCUCAAGCAAUGGCCACGAUCAGCAUCUUCUGAAAUUCUAAUCAAGCAGUUGAUUUCAGCCGGGGGGAUCUCCAAUUGUCAGGAUUAUGAGGCAAGAAGUGCCCUUGUUUCCCAUCUAAAAAUGCAGGGGAUUGGGAACAGUCCUGGAACUUCUUUCAGAAUCCCUGAUGCAGAGAUAUUCUUGUACACGGGCAUUGAGAAUGCAUCUGAUGCCAGUUAUGAUCAGGCAAGCAUGGAUUUGAGUGCAUGCUCAGGUGAACUAAGUCGGUGUGACUCAACCAACUCCUUUGACAACAAGAAAGCAGGUUCCGUGAGUGAUGCUGCAAGGCGCCUCAAGUCUCUACUCCAGUGGCCCCGUAAGAAAGAGAAGAAAGCCUCUACAACAGUGUUAAGAGAUGAUACUUCGCUAGAAUCAUUCAGUAUGUGUAGAAACUUGGAGCACAGUCUAAUCCCACUUCGGCAGAAAUACUCGAAUUUGUCAUCCUUUCCAAACAACAAAAGGACAUUUUCUCUUAGGAGUGAUCUUCCAAGCCCAUCCACCAAGAAGAAAUUUACUGUGGGACUCAUGCAAGGUGUUAUCAAGGCAAUGCCACAUUUAGCUGCUCCGGCACGGUCGCCUUCAAGUAUGUCAGGAUCAUCAGUGUCUUCAUCUAAUUCAAUGGAUAAACAAAAGGGUGUUGACAUUGCUGGAACCUCUAACUUAACACCGUCAUUUAAUGGUAAACCACCACAAAUGAACCACAAACAGAAUUCCUUCAAUAAGAAGUUGAUGAACCGGUAUCUCAGUUUUGGUGCACAUGGCCUUUCUGCGAAUGAUUCAGUUACCUAUGCACAGCCAAAUCAGAGUUUCAAGCGAUUGAGCUCUUUAGUAGCUUAAUUCGAUUGUAUAAAAGAGUAGUAAUUUUUAUAAAUAGAGAGUAAUUUUGGUGAGCUUCUAAAACAUUCUUUUCAUGAAUCUAUACCUCUCUUGUUGAGAUUUUUUUUCAUUUGAAUUCCAUUCCAUGCUUGUUAA